AUGGAUAUUUUCCCACCAAUCACCCCUGUGUCGCUACGAAAUCAAUCAUCAUGGAUCCCAUUGCCCGGGACCGCUUUUAAUAAACCAACUACUAUCACGUCACUCAAGAGUAAAUUAUGGAACACCAGAUCAAAUCUUUGUAACUCUCAAGUGUCUCAGCUCUCAUCGAAAAAUGUCUUACUACACUACAUGGUCAUUUUGGAAGAAUAUAUCGCCGAUAUGAGCAAGUUUGUGGCAGAAUUGUUCCCAGCAACCACCUCAUCUAAUUUGUUAGAAAUGGCUGAUAGAAUAUUGUUAUUGCUGCCAGAUGGUGAGGACAUUCACCCAAUUCCUUGGAAUCUUCCUAUAUGCCCUUCUUCGAAUUGGAGCGCCUCUCAACCCCACUGGAGCUUAUAUGAUGAAUUAUUGAUAUCGAUGAUCAGUUCAAGUUUGAUUGCUUUCAAAAUUGGAUUAAACAUGAUCUUCAACGACUGUUACACCGUUGACUUGAAAAACUUGAGCCGGGAAAGCUUUGAGAAAAAACAACAGAAAUGGGUGAUGAUUGGAAAUAAUUAUUUGAAAAAAGGGGUCAGAGUAAUGACUUACCUUCAAGAUCAAUGUAAUUCUGUCCCUCAUUCUAAUAAGCCAGCAGUGAUUGAAUCCUCUUUGAAAUUUGUGAAUUUCGUGUUGACUUAUGUGUCUUUAAAUUUUCAGCUAGUAUCUCUAUUGAUCCGCACGUUUUGGUCAGAAAGAUUGACGGUUCUAUUAGCCCAUGAUUUGCGAGGGGAUGGAUUAUUAAUGAAUUAUGAACUAGGGGAUUUGAAUGAUGAUUUCUACAAAACUAAUAAUUACUACUUGUUGGUAAAAGUUGGAGCUUUUGUACUUCAGCAAUUAGAAAGUUUAACUGGUGAAACCGACAGUUUUAAAGAUGAAUUAAUAGGCUUGGUUUUGAGAGCACACGCUACCAGAUCUGGCUUGAAGAGUAUAUUGGGCAAAUUACGAGACGAGUUAGAUUCCGACGAUGAAGAAAAUGAUUAUCCCCAAACAUCAACGGCGAUUUCUAAAGAGAAAUUGAAAUUACUCAAAAACUCUUUCAAGAUUCUCUCUUCUAUCUCCAAAAUGCUCAAAGUUUUUCAAAUUUAUGUCAAGUUAUACCUUGCAAAGUAUCUAUCAUUACAGUCUUAUAUCAAGGAGCAUCAAACUGGAAAAAGCAUAUCAUUGAUUAAUUAUAGCUUCUCAAUGGCUAAUAAGGGAUUUGGAAACCAAUUUGCUUCAAAUGGCGAUGAUGUAUUAGUUUCAAAAAUUGAUAAGUUGAGUUUGAAAAGUGAUAAAUUAAAAUCAAAAUUCUCGCUAAAGAAAAAGCAAAGUAAUAAUGGUCCUUCAGAAUUUAUCGCUUCCAAUGAGUUGAAUGCAGGAUCUUCAAACUCCGAUCUUGCUAAAAAAGGAUCCCUCGAAUUUGAAUCAUUGCUCUCCAAUUCGUCAUUUUAUAAAAAAAUACUAAUUACCAGUUCUGCAGGGAGUGGAAAAUUCUCCAAUGGCUCAUCAUUAUUGGUUUACGAUUUUAAUAAUAUUCUCGUCAACUUACAAAACCUUAGGUACAAGCUUAAUGUGCAAAAUGAUAAUUUAACAUUUGAUAAAGUUGAAACAAUAUCUGAUGAUGAUUUUUCUAGAGAAUUGCCUCUAGGAAGGGCGGUUCCGGUGCUGUUGACCCCUUGGGACCCAUUAGGUUGUGAUACUGACGGUAAAAAGGAAACAACCGGGGGAUAUUAUUAG